AUGCCAACUUUAGAUGCUCCUGAAGAGAGGCUGAGAAAAUUUAAGUACCGAGGCAAAGAUGCGUCUAUGAGGCGGCAACAGCGGAUGGCAGUCAGCCUGGAGCUCCGGAAGGCCAAGAAAGAGGAGCAGGCCUUAAAGAGAAGAAAUAUCACCAAUUUCUCCCCUGACCCAGCUUCUGGACAACUAACCAAAGGGGUACAUUGGCAAUGUGGCGUCAGCCUUACCCUGCAAGAAAUAAUCAAUGGUGUGAAUGCCUCAGAUCCAGACCUAUGUUUCCAGGCCACCCAGGAAGCCAGGAAAAUGCUGUCCCAGGAAUGGAACCCUCCUCUAAAACUGAUUGUUAAAGCAGGGCUCAUUCCCAGGCUGGUGGAGUUCCUGAAGUUGUCACCUCACCCCUGCUUGCAGUUCGAGGCAGCCUGGGCUCUGACCAACAUUGCUUCCGGGACUUCAGAGCAGACUCAAGCUGUUGUGGAAGGUGGGGCCAUUCCACCUUUGGUUGAGCUCCUGUCUUCCCCCCACAUGACUGUGUGUGAACAGGCAGUGUGGGCUCUUGGUAAUAUAGCAGGUGAUGGCCCAGAAUUCAGAGACCUCGUUAUCUCGAGCAAUGCCAUUCCACAUCUGCUGGCCCUCGUUUCAUCAACCAUACCAAUCACAUUUAUGCGGAACAUCACGUGGACCUUGUCCAACUUGUGCCGAAACAAGAACCCUUACCCUUCUGUGAAAGCUGUGAAGCAGAUAUUGCCUGUCCUGUCCCACCUCCUGCAGCACCAAGACAGCGAGGUUCUCUCGGACACCUGCUGGGCCCUGUCCUACCUCACUGAUGGCUCCAACGAGCGCAUCAGCCAAGUGGUCAACAUGGGGGUCCUGCCCAGGCUGGUCCAGCUCAUGACCAGCUCAGAGCUCAAUGUCUUGACCCCCUCCCUCCGCACCGUGGGGAACAUCGUCACAGGAACGGAUCACCAGACCCAGGUGGCCAUCGACGCGGGCAUGCUGAACGUGCUGCCUCAGCUCCUGAUGCACCCCAAGUCCUCCAUCCAGAAGGAGGCAGCUUGGGCCUUGAGCAACGUGGCUGCAGGGCCUCACCAGCACAUCCAGCGGCUAAUAGCUUGCGGCAUGCUGCCUCCUUUGGUGGCUUUGCUGAAAAACGGAGAAUUUAAAGUCCAGAAAGAGGCUGUGUGGACCGUGGCUAACUUCACAACUGGAGGCACCAUAGACCAGUUGAUCCAGCUUGUCCACGCUGGCGUCCUGGAGCCACUGGUGAAUCUGCUUACCAUCCAAGACACCAAAAUUGUUAUCAUCAUCCUUGAUGUUAUCUCUUUUAUCCUCCAGGCAGCGGACAAGCUUUCAGAGAAGGAAAACCUGUGUCUUCUGAUAGAGGAAAUGGGUGGCAUUGAUAAAAUUGAGGCUUUGCAACUUCAUGAGAACCCUCAGGUUGCCCUGACUGCUUUGAACAUUAUCGAGAACCAUUUUUCUGAGGAAGAAGAAGAAAGUGGCACGGUAUUACCAGCCCUGGACCAAGAUCAUGAAUUCUUAAACCGCUUAACAAAACAAUACCAAGACCCCACGAGUCCUAAACCAAGGAGCAAACCCUAAUGGGUAACUGCUUUAAGAACCUUCUGUGUCUUGGCAUG